AUUGCGUGUGUGACAUCCAAUACAAUUGCACCACGAACAAUUUUCCACUCUCUGCUGCGAGUUGUGCAAAUUACCGAGAAAAAUAAAUGAAAAGGCAAAGUUUACGAAAGCCAAGAAGUGCAUUUCAGUGGUUGCGCUUUCCCUGCGUGUGUGGACAUCGUGCAAAAGUGCUGGACAGUGUUUUCAGUGCCACUUGAUACCGAAAAUCUGCGCAGUAAAUUUCCCCUGUUUUCUGUGUUUUCCUCCCAAAAUUUUGCUCAUCUCUUGUGCAGUGCUUUGUGAGGUUAGGGAGAAAUUCUUUGGGAAUUGGUGGAUACCGUGGAUACCAUUGGACAGUGGCUGAUUUGUGCCGUGAAUGAUGAUUUUGGACUGUGUAAAUCGGACAUUUGGGUGAUAGUUUUUGUGGUGAAAGAGAAAUAAUUGGAGGAGGAGAGUGAUUAUGAAUUUGGGGUGUCAGAAGUGAAGAUAAUGUCCCGAACGGGCAGUGCCAGUGACAAUCGCCGGAGAGUGGGUUUACCACUGCGCGUGGAAAACUGGUACUACAAGCACGGGCUCUUCCUCUCCAGCUAUCCAACUUGUGCCACCAGCUGUGCCAUUGUCGUUCUCCUCUUCUGUUGCUACCCUUUGAUCUACAUCCCCCUGCCGGGCACCAUUCCCACCAAAGUUGUCCUGCCCUACAGUCCCGACGAGGCCACCGACAAUGCCACAAACAUCUUCCCCCUCAGCAAUAUCACCAGCAACUUCGAACCACCGUUCCCCUGGGCACACGUGGAGCCCUUCAUCUACGUCCAGCAAAUUGUCCUGCGUGCCAGUGUGACACCCUGGAAUGGCAAUCUCAUCCUCACGGACGCCUACAGGGCACCCCUGGCUGAAGCCUUCAAGCUCCUCGAGAUCAUCCGGAAUCACGAAGUGGAGGAGUCUCACAUCACUCUGGGCAAUCUCUGUCUCCACGUGGAGAAUGUCAAGACGUUCAAGGCCAAAGAUACUGUGUUUCCGGAAUACAACUGCCUGAUCCUGUCUCCGGCUAAUUUCUGGCAGCAGAACACCCAGAUGUUCAACAAGGACACCGCACUCCUGAACACAAUCUUCCAGUUCCACAAUCUACAGAAGACUAAAGUCUCGAUAGCCGAGAUGCUCUUCGGAAUCUCAAUCCGGGACACUGGGGUCAAGAGGUACCCCAUCCGGGCUCGACCUCGCAUCAUUCAGUUUGCCGUAACGCUGAUACUGCGCGAGAAAAAUCAACAGUUCCUCAGCACCCUUAAGGACAAACUUACCCGCAUCUAUACUCUUCAUCACACCACGAACUCUGGGCAACGCGAAUCCCUCACCUAUAUCUACUAUCCGGGAGAGUUCCGGGUACUGGAAGUCAUGCCACUUUCCAUCACCUUCAUUCUACUCUUUUACUACGUCUACUUCUCGCUGCGGAAGAUAGAUCUCAUCCGUUCCCGUCUCCUGCUCGCCUUCACGGCGGUCUUUACAGUCUUGGGCAGUCUAAUUAUGUCCCUGGGGCUCUGCUUCUUCUUCGGUCUCACCAUCAGCAUUCAGUCCAAGGGCAUCUUUCCCUAUUUGGUGGUAUUGGUGGGCCUGGAGAAUGUCCUCGUCAUCACGAAGUGCAUCACAUCGACAGACGAGAAGCUGGACGUGAAGAUACGCGUGGCCAAGGGUCUGGCCAAUGAGGGAUGGUCCAUCUCCAAGACUCUGCUCACAGAGAUCACAAUUCUCACCGUGGGACUGGCCACUUUCGUUCCGGUCAUCCAGGAGUUCUGCAUCUUUGCCAUUGUUGGCCUCAUCUCGGACUAUUUCCUCCAGAUGAUGCUCUUCUCAACUGUUCUGGCCCUCAAUAUUCGACCGUUCGAGCACAGUGUCCAGCUGAAGCAGGCCAAAAAGGACACCAACGCGGUAUCUGGAUCACCGCAGACGAGGCUCAGAUAUUCUUCAUCAGCUCAUGCCACAACAAUGUCACGGUCUCAGAGUCACCCAAAGUUGAGUGGUUUGAUGUUGGAUUCUGUGAAUCAUAUCUCCACAGAUGUAAUCCCAACGCCUUCGGUGACAGACAGAAAAAUCCCAAAACGGGUGAAAAUUGUGAAUUUCUGGGCACGAACGCGUUUCUUUCAGCGUGCAUUUAUGAUAUGGAUGAUUGUGUGGAUAUUUUCCAUAAUUUACAAUAGCAAUAUUUUGGAGAGUUUAUUUGUGAUUGAUAGUGGGACGGAGAUCAAUAGUUUGCCGACGGAACCGGAGAUGCAGGAGGGGGGUAUGAAGAAGGUGGAAAAUGAUGAGAUUGUUUUCAAUAUGGCCAGUACAAAAUCUCCCAUUUAUGAAUCACAUGUGAUGGAGAAUGAUGAGAGUUUUAGCAAUAUCAGUGAACAGUUGAAUAAAUUGAGGCAUCCAGAUUACGAUACCAAUCACUACCUGUCCAAUUUUCAUUGGUCAGCUAUCCUGAGGCAGUACAAUAUUUCCAUGAGUGGUAAGUAUGUCACGAUUUUGCCUACAAUAAGACUGUCACAUGCCAUUGCUCCGGAAGUGGCCAUGACAUUGCGCAAUCCGGAUGAGAAGAGUCCGCAGCAGUUUCAGUGGAAAGCACUGGCUGUUGCUCUCGAUCCUAUUGACUUUUCCGAUGCUGAACAUCAGGAGUCUCCGUCACCAAGUACAGCCAGCAUGCCCUUCUAUCCAAAGAGUCCUAUGGAGAUCUUUCUGGCCAGCAUUCUCUGUGCCAUCAGUAUUUUUGUCCUCACGUACACCCUCGUCGUGCUGUAUCGGUGCAUCUGCACCCGGAACUAUGCCGAAUGGCGUGCCAGCUGGACGGAUGUCGAUCCAACGUCCAGACCACGCGUUGAGCACUUCAUUCAAUCCUCAACGCCCAUCUCAGUCACUGGCCAUCGGCAUAGGGUUGAGUGCCUGGCCAUGGAUGGGAUCAUGGUGGCCAGUUCGUGCCUGGAGGGUAACAUUAGGAUCUGGGAUGUGAAUGGGGGCGAAUUGAUAGCUGAGAUUAAUAGAUUGACAUUCUUCAAGGAGACGCAGAAUCAGAGGAAUUGCUCCCCUAUUUGGUGUCUCGAUUUUGUGGACAAUCUCAUUGCCGUCGGUUGCUCGGAUGGACGAAUUGAGUUCUGGGAGGGCAGCACGGGAAAUCUAAAGUGUGUUUUGGACGACGAUAAAAAUCUCCGAAAUGGUGUGACUCAUAUUAAAUUGACUGGAGAUCGGGUUAUUGUGGCCAGACUCUGUGGGCGUGUGGAUUUUCUGCGUUUGGAAACCUACAGUCAAGGCAAACAAAUUGACUGGGGAUUCACAUCGGCGUACAGAAGAACUCAUGUGCGAACGGGUUCGACUGGAAGUCUGGCCUUGAUACAUCACAGUACGGCCACUGGGGAGGAACUCAGAUGCAUUGUGGAGAUUCAGCAUAAGGCCCAUCAGCAGUCCAUAACGUGUCUCGAAGUGAUGCACGGGACAGUCUUCACGGGAAGCCAAGAUAAUACACUGAAGGUGUUCAGGUUGGACAACAGAAGUCUCCUGUACACCCUUCAUGGUCACUAUGGGCCGAUCACAUGCCUUUUCAUCGAUCAAAAUCAUCCCGGAACUGGAGGAUCUGGAUCACAAGAAGGAUUACUCUGUGUCUGGGAUCUUACAUCAGGGGCCUGCGUUUAUGGGAUUCAGGCUCAUGAUGGCGCCAUUGUAUCACUAGUCUGUUCGCCGAGUUACGUAAUAUCUCUGGGCUCAGAUGAGAGGUUGUGCAUUUGGGAGAGAUUCCAGGGGCAUCUGCUGAAUUCCAUUAAUGUGCUCUAUGCCUAUUCAAUUCUCCUGAUGCUAACUCCGUCGCUUCUCAUAACAACCAAACCAGGUUCGCUGAUUGUCUGGGAUGUGAGGACGGGCGAACCGACACGGGAAGUGAAGUUGGACAGUUCAAACAGCCAAUUGUGCCCAAGGCUGAUAUUGGCGUCAUCAGACUGCGUAAUAUGUGAUUAUGGGAAUGAAUUGAGGAUCGUUCGUUUCCCUUUGGCAGCGGAAAAGAUUGAUUGAUGUGGGAAUAAUAAAAAAAUAAAUAAAAAUUGUUACAAAUAAUGUUUAGGUAAGGAAAAGACUUUAUUGUAAAAUAGAAAUUGUAAGAGUUUCUCUUUGUGAAUUUAGGGAAAAGAAGAAAAAAGUGAGAACAAUUUUUGUUUGAUUUAUAAUCAAAGUCAUGAACAACACAAAGCUAUUUAAAUUUUAGGCACCAAAUUAAUUUGUGUAUAAUGUCUCUUUUUUAGAAUAAUAAAAGGAUAAUCUAGUUUAAAUCUAA